AUCCAUUUUUAGUAAGUUUUUAUUUAUAUUUAAUUGGUGGGUCCCAAAACAAUACACUUUUUCUCCACUCAACUAAUAAACAAUACAUUAAUUGUGGGUCCCUUUCUCCACUCAACUAAUAAAAAUACAUUUUUUCUUAAAACCCGUGUUUUGCUCCUUAGGUCAUGAAUUAGUGGACGGAGGGAGUAACAAAGAACACGUGAACCAUGACCGUAACUAGAUCUGCAAAUUGACAUACACAGUCAUGUAAGCAUUGCUUAUAUAUAUAAAUCGUUGAGUUUGAGUGUGUGUGUUUUAAACAAAGCAUAGAGCUGUGAACAGAUUUGAAGAUGAGAGUGUUGAAGGUGGCGACGUGCAGCUUGAACCAAUGGGCAAUGGAUUUCGACAACAACAUGGGCAACAUAAAGGAGUCAAUACGCCGUGCGAAGGCCGCCAGCGCCACGAUCCGGCUGGGGCCAGAGCUGGAGAUCACCGGCUACGGCUGCGAGGAUCAUUUUCUUGAGCAAGACACUAUCACCCACGCGUGGGAGUGCUUGACGGAGCUGGUGGCGGGCGAUUGGACGGAUGAGAUUCUGUGCAGCUUUGGGAUGCCGGUGAGCAGAGGGGCGGAGGUGUACAACUGCCAGGUGCUGUGCCUGAACAGGAAGAUCGUGUUGAUACGGCCCAAGAUGUGGCUGGCCAACGGGGGCGGCUGCGCCGAGCUCAGGUGGUUCACGGCCUGGAAGCAGACGGAGCCGCGCCUCGACGACUUCCUGCUUCCGUCGGAUGUGGCGGAAGCCAUCUCCCAGCCAACCGCACCUUUUGGAUAUGCCUACAUUCAAUUUCUGGACACAGCUGUUGCAGCUGAAAUCUGCAUGGAAUUAUUUAGUCCAGUACAAGUUCACCCUGAACUGGCAUUGAAUGGAGUAGAAGUAUUCAUGAAUGCAAGUGGAAGCAUUCAUCUAAAGCAGAAGAAGGAUCGUCGUCUUCGCCUUAUCACCACCGCCAUGUCUGCUCGUGGAGGAGUUUACAUGUACAGUAAUCACUUAGGAUGUGAUGGUUCCAGGGUUUACUAUGAUGGAUGCUCAUGUAUUGUUGCAAAUGGAGAUGUGGUUGCCCAUGCCCAACAAUUUUCAUUGAAAGAUGUCGAUAUGGCCAUUGCCCAAGUAGAUCUAGACAAGUUGCAGGUGACCAAUUUGAGACUCUCUAACAGCAGCUAUCGGGAACAAGCAAGUUGCAAAAAGAAAGUUCCAUCCAUUUUUAUACCUUACAAGCUUUGCCACUCUUUCAAGCUCCAAAACUCAGUUUCAACUCCAAUAAAGGUUGAGAGUGUGUGUGGUGAAGAGGAGAUAGCGAUGGGGGCAGCUUGCUGGUUGUGGAAUUAUCUAAGAAGAAGCGGCGCCUCGGGUUUUCUGCUUCCACUCUCUGGUGGAGUGGCUUCUUCCUCUGUUGCUGCUAUUGUUGGUUGUAUGUGUCAACUCGUCGUCAAAGAAAUUGCAAAUGGGGAUGAACAAGUGAAAGCUGAUGCAAUGAGAAUUGGGCACUACAAUGAUGGACAAUUUCCAACGGACAGCAAAGAAUUAGCUAAACGGAUAUUCUACACAAUUUAUAUGGGCAGUUGUGAAGGGGGGUCAAGCAGCAGGGUGGUGGCAGAGCAAAUCGGGUCAUGGCAUGUCGACAUUGCUAUAAAUGGAGUGGUAUCUGCGUUGCUAUCCUUGUUCCGAACUCUCAUCCCGGGGAAAAAGGCCACAAAUAUUGAGAUACAAAAAAUUAGCAGUCGAACAAAAAUGAUGGUGGCAUUCAUGCUAGCCUCACUCUUGCCAUGCGCCCACCACAACUCCGGUUUUUAUCUGGUUUUGAGUAGCACCACUGCCGAUGAAGGAUUAUGUGGUAACCAUACCAAGUAUGGCUGCAGCUCGGGUGACAUCAAUCCAAUUGGAAGCAUAAAUAUGCAAGAUCUUCGAGCAUUCUUGAAAUGGGCUGCUGCCAAUCUGGGUUACUCAUCUUUAGCAAACAUUGAAGACACUACUAUUGAUUCUUUGGAGAGAAUGGAGACAGGAAUGACAGACGAAGAACUUUCAACAUAUGGAAGGUUGCGAAAGACUUUACGUUGCGGACCAGUGUCCAUGUUUGAGGAUCUAUGCGAUAAAUGGGGCGCAAAGUUAAGUCCAACAGAAAUAGCAAAGAAAGUGAAACUUUUCUUCAAGUGUUACUCAAUUAGUCGACAUAAGAUGACCAUUCUAACGCCUUCUUAUUUAAUGGAGACUCACUCAUCUGACGACAAUAGAUUCGAUCAACGACAAAUCCUCUACAAUCCAGAGUGGUCUCAUCAAUUCAGGAAGAUAGAUCGACUUGUACAACAACAACUUAAUGGUGAUGGAGAAGCUCUUGCAACCUCAAACAUCGUAAAUUCAUGAUAAUUUAAGUAGAGUCAAGUUAAAAAAUCACACCACUAAAUUUCAUGAUUGUCAAAGUAAUGCAUUUCUUAGAUUUAGGUAAGGAAGGAGUCGUUUGUAAGUUGUAUCUGUGUGUGCGCGAUUUCAGACACAGAGAGAGGGUUCCGUGUAAAAGAAAAAGGAAGAAGAAAGGGAGGUAGGUUUGGGCUUUAAGUUGCGCUACUUUAUUUUAUUUUGUUUGGGCUGAGAUUUGAUCAAAUGAACUGGCCUGCUUCUUUUUAUUUAAGGGUAAUAUUAUA